CACAGUUAAACAAAUUUAUCAUGAGUUUUGUUGACAUUAGCUCGAGUUUUCGUCUUUAACGUAGCUAUUGGCAGAUGGCUAACUUUAAAGAAAAUCUAUAAUUGUCAAUUGUUUUGGGGAUAUUAGUUAUACUAGAAAAUAAUAUUAUGUCGUCUGAAAAAAUCGAUAUCAUCGCUAAAAUCGAGUUAAUUGAACCUACAACCGGGAAACUAAUUUUCGAGCACAAAACUGAAUUAAUUUUCUGCCAACCACAUUUAAUAGCUUUAAAAUCGCUAUCAUUAGACCAUUUGGAGGAAAUGCAACGUAAAAUAUCGCGACAAUUACAAGAGAAACUCAUUCAUGACCCUAGCGUAAAUAGCAUUCACAAACGUGUCUAAAG